UUUUCAGGAAAAAAAAAAAACUCCUUUGUCAUUCAAGUAAACCCGUUAUAUUGCGAAAUUCACAGUUCACAGUUAAUUUUAUAGAAAUAAUCAGCUGGCGGAAUACCCAUAAUAUUUAGUUUGUUGUGCUUCACAUAUGUUUGGUGCAUUUAUGCAAUGGUCAAUGUGGACGUAGAAUACUGCGGAGCCUGUAACUUUUCGCUGCAGUGCCAGCUGCUGCGGCAGUUUCUGGUGGAUGCGGCGCCGGGCGUGCAGGUGUCCUGCCGUCAGGGACGACGCGGCUCCUUUGAGGUGAGCAUAGACGAUCAGCUGGUGCACUCCAAGCUGGCCAGCUUGGCCUUUCCGCAGCAUCAGAGCGUGCUCGACCAGGUGCAGCGGGCGGAGCGCGGCGAGCCGCUCGAAUCAGUGCAGGCGGCGCCCAUCAAGGAUUGUACUGUCAUGUAGCUCGGAUGGAAUGCGGAGCAUAUGAAUUUUGAAGAGACAAAUAUAUUUUAUUAUAAAAAUGAAAAACAGCUUAAGGACAACACAAUAAAGCGCAUUUAGCGCCUAUAGCGAUAGCGCUUGAAGUGGAA